CUCCAAAAGUGCUUCUUCCUCGCAGUCAACAGAGUCGACCGCUUAAUUCGCUGCAUCUUAGAAUGGCUCCUUCAUUGGAUUUGGUGUUGGGGGAGUGGGAAGACGCCAACGGCAAUCACUACGAUGUGACCUUGGAUGAGACAGGCGAGUCCUGUAGUGUUCGGACUGUGCGUUCGAACGGCCGCAUCCAGAACACGCGCAACAUCUUAAGGCGCAAGGACAACUAUGUCAAGUGGGGCAACAGCUACUACCUGGAGAUCAACGACAAGAGCAUGUCCAAAUUGAAAUGGACGCCUCUGAAGAAUGUGCAGCCCUACACCUGGUUCCGGUGCAAUACUGAGGAGAAGGAGAACGAUCAAGCCAAGAGGACGGCGACGGCCGACGUCAAGAAGAAGGUUCCGGGUCCAAAGACGGAGAAGACACUUUCAGAAGAGGAGAACUCGGAGCCCACGACGCGCACGGGCGAAGAAGACGACCCGCCACGCGGAGGUCCGGUACGGUCUAAACCAGUGGCGACCUUGGAUGAAGUCACCGGCGAUUGGAAGGACUGUGACGGGAUCCGCUACUUCAUCACCCUGGAUGAGUCCGGCGACACCUGCAGUGCCACCACCGUCACCACCAACGGGCAGACCAGCCUGGACAUGGCAGUGAUUACCGAGGAGGAUGGCUGGCUGUACUGGAGGAACUCCCACUACUUGGAUGCCAAGGACCAGGAGUCCUUACGCUGGAGGAAUAUUGAGACAGAAGAGGAGUGGACGUGGAAGCACUUCUGCGCUGGGAGCGCCAGCCUCGCAGUGAAGUCGGCCAAACCCGCGACCUGGGCCUUCGGCUUUGUCCUGCUGGGGCAGACGGUGGGACGCUGGAUAGAUGAUCAGAAGCGCCACUACACGGUGACCAUGGAUGAGAGGGGCAACUCCUGCUCCGUGGAGUUUGAGCGAGGAGACGGCCGUAACAGUUUGAUCCCAGCAUUUCUGAAGUACAACGCGGAUUUGCAGCGCGUGAUGUAUGGCACCCAGUACUACUUGCAGGUGAAAGGCGCUGGCGAGAUCGCGUGGAUCCAUUUGGGCUGGGGCCAACAGAUCCGUUGGUAUCUUUGCAAGAGCUCGAAGUCCACAGCACAGCCGCUCUAUGUCCAUGCCACCAGUGUGGCUUAUGACUUGAAGAAGGCUCCCAAGGUUGGCACGACACCCACGAAGACGAGCCCCUCCAGGGUGGAGAUUCCGAAGAAAGGUCAGAGGCCCUUGAAGGAGAUCGUUGGACGAUGGAUGGACCAUCAGUAUAGCUGCUACACGGUGACUCCUCUCUGGCGAGGACCGCAGGUUACACGACGUUUCGACCUGCGCAGGUUACACGACGUGACGACGCGUCAGUCGUUCAGUCGGUUCAACCAGAUGAAAUGAUACAUCGAAGCUUUGCAAGUGUCCACGUAUUGCCAGCGGAAGAUUUUUCAGGCCCCAAGCUUGAAUUGAACUCCUGGAGUAAUCCUCCAAGAAGCAGCUCAUGAGGAAGCAAAAGAGCGGUUCUAUAGGUUCUCUCUCUCUCUAUAUAUAUUAAUGUUCAAUUGGAUGUUUAAGAUCCAAGAAAUUGUAGUUCUUACAACCUGUUCGUUCACGGGAGAUGGACCCAAACAGUCGUUCUGCUGCGGUUUUGCUAGGGAAACCAAUGCCCAUAGCCAGCUAGGCAAAUCCUUAAAAUGUAAUGACACACUUUCAGCCACCCUGUCGUACUGAAAGGGAAGUAGGGACGGAGUCCUUUUGUGGGGAAGAACUCCCAACCAAGCACCGGACCCCUGGAACCGCUUUGGAAUAGCUGGUCAUCCAUCCAUUCCAUGAGGAUGGGGGACCCCUAACCACCCCACCUUCCACCCAGGAAUUCGAGCCUACCCAAGUUCAUGACCAAAAGUUCUGCCGAUCCAGUUUCAGGUUCAAGCGGUUUCGAGGGGUGCAUGUUCCAUCUUCCUUUCAUGUCUUCAGCGAAAAACCAGGUCUUCAGUCCCAGGACAAUCAUGGAACAUCAAGGUUUCGAGGGGGACCCGCAGUUUAUCACAGGCAUGAGCUGGGAGAAAUCGAUCCAAUUCGCAAAGGCCUGUAGAAAUUGCACUGAUGUUGCCAAGAUGACGUCCUGUGCAUGUGAAGGCGUGAAGCAUACGACCUCAAAAUCACAGGGGUGACGGGCCACCGGUACCUCAAAAAGACUUCUCUACUUCCUUGAGAACAUCUGUCCAGCAAGCUCUAGUCAACUUGGGCUUUCUGCAGCUGAUCUUUGGCACUCAGGUGACCUUGGAUGACUCAUUGCAAUCCUGUAGCGCUCCUUGCCGAGUCUAACGGGAUGAUUUUGCGAUGCUUUUGGAGCCGAAGAGCCUGGAGGACAGCUGUGACCACAGAAGACCCAGACAUCAUCCUGUUUUUUGGGAGGAAUUUUCGGGUGGUUGGUACAUGAAGACAAAGGUAUAGAUAGGGCUGACUUUGCUUGUGACGUGUUACUCAAAGGCAUUCUGGUAUUUCGUUGUUCAACUAUGACAUUCAAGUUCAU